AACUGGCAUUCCCAACGGCCGCGGCCCCAGGAAUCAGAGUUGGGCCCUAACCACUGACCUCUUCUACACAUAAGCAUACACACAGCAACCACAAGCGUGGCCUCGGGGCCCAAGCAGCUAUAGAGACGCACACAAGAACGUGCACACCAACAGGAAUGCAAGUGGAUUCAACCAACACCUCCCCGACACGCCCCCCUCCCCCAAAUUCUGUGAGAAGGAUCCCGACUCAGCCCCAGGCUUUCUUUCUAGAAAGAAGCCCCCUACUCCUGCCCAUAUGCCUACCUCAUCUUCAUUAUAGGCGGCCCCCACUUCUGUCCCCAUUACCUCACACACACACCAAUCCCUACUGGGCCCCCUUUGCCUGCCGGCAUCAUCACCACCUUCAAGCUUCCUAGCUCCCCAGUCGUGUCUGCCCCCUACUGGGUCGGCUCCAGGUUGCAGGAGCAAAAGGCUUUCUGUGCCCCAGAUUUCCAGGGUAUCAGCAGGCCCCCCUUCCCCAGAAAGGUAGCAGCAGAGCUACUGACCACUGACAAGAUUUCUGGGCCCUUGUGCUAGAAAGGACUCCUAAUCCACCUGCUCCAGCCAAGAGAGCAGUCCAGGGUCAUGAUUCCCAGACACCAGCCUGCAUCAAGGCACCCAGCCUCAACCAUGAAUUUUCUUUUUUCUCUUGGCACUCCUCUGAAAUAGAAAAGGUAUCAGACCUGACUAGGGUGAACAUGUGGUACAUAUAGUUGGCAUCUCUAUCCACUUAAGCCAUUUACUUGGAAGAGGACAGAUAGGGAAUCUGAGGUGGACAGACGAAGUUGUUUCUGAAUGAAGAGGAGAGAGGCAGGGUGGCCCUCUAAAAAGGUCAGCCAGAAGUAGUUGUAUCCGAUCCACUGGGUGGCAGGGAAUGAGACUCUUGCAGUAAAAUGGACUGGAGACUUAGAAGGAAAAACAGAAGGUCAAAGUGGCCCUCCAGACAGGAAAGGAACAGCUAGAAAAAGGUCUUUGGAGUGUGGCAAAGUGAAAGAAAGGUGUCAUUAGUACCAAAGAGAUGGCUGGCAUUAGAGUGGUCAAAUAGGAGAACUUGAGAGUUCACAUGAGCAGGGAUGGGAAGAAAUGGAUCAAAAUCCUAAUGAGAAAAGCAGGGGUCCCAAUGUUACCUGGAAGGAUGAGAAAGUGACACCUUCUCCCAGGGCAGAAGUGAGGGUACUGACUGACCUAGGAAAAGUGGGUUUACCCCCAACACUUUUUUCUCAAACCAGAGGUAGUAAGGGUGACAUGGAGCACGAAUGCACAAAGGGCAGAAGUCUGUGAUAGGAGAUACCAGCCCCCGACAGAAGUCCUCAGCUGUGCAGAGCUGUUCAAUACCAUCCAAAGGAAUGUCUCCCCAUUUUAUCUGAGCUUUCGCACCAACCACAGCAGCUACCAUUUCCUGAGGCUCAUGUGCCAGGGACAGUGCUAAAAGCAUUACCCGCAUCAUCUCAUUUAAAGCCUCACAACAACCCUGAGUUAGCAUUACUAUCCCAAUUUAAAGAUAAGGAAAAGGGCCUAGAGAGUUGAAGUAGCUUGCCCAAGGUCACACAGCUCUUAAGUGGAAUCAGGAUCUGAAUCCAAGUAGUCUGACUCUAUAACCUACAGUCUUAAUCACCCAUCUUGGGGUUCUCCAGAGCCUGCAGGAAACCCAAAAGAGGACAUCGAGGACUCCUCAAUUCUCGUUCUUAGAGGAAACAGGGGCACCUCUGUGAAACCGGAGUGACUCAUACCAGUAGAGUAUUUAGAGAUGUCCCUCUUUAAAAGAACUGUCCCCAGAUAAGGGAAGAUCUUGCAUGUGCCGUACGUUUGGGGGUACCGAGCAAUGGAAAGCGCAUCCCCGGUAGGCUUGUGCAAAAGAGACACCCACCUCCUCAUCUCGGAGGAGCACCCACAUCUCUAGCAUACUUCAGGGAGACUCUGCCCUAGGGUCUGAGAGAAACAUUCUCCACUCCAGGUGUCGGUUCGCUCUCCCGGAGCCUCUGGCUGUCGCACCCUACUGCAGCUCCUGGGUUUGGCUGGAGUGCAGGAUUAGCCAUCCCCAGGAAAUGCCUCCCUCCGGUCCAGGCAAGGAUCCCAGCACACACACCCCUGGUGUGUAUGUGUGUGUUGGGGGUGGGGGGGAAUGCUUCCUCCUCUCCAGGUCAGGGAAGAGAUGUGGGGACCACCUGGGGGCCCUUACCCCUCCCACCUCCUUGCUGGGGAAGUGCCCAGUCAGUGCCCCUUCCAUGGCCACCUCCCUCCCCCUCGCUGUGCCGGGGCAUGAAUCAGCUCUCACAGCUUGUUAAAGCUAGACCUCUUGUUUUCAUGCCCUCACCUCAGGAAACAGAGUUACAGCUUUUCCAGCUCUGCUCAGCAGGGGGCCAGGGUCCUCACUUUAUAAACAUCCCAAGCCUGUGAGAGCAGAGGGCAAGGAGAUGGUGUGAGACAGGAGCCCAGGGGAGAAAGACAGAAACUAAGACUCAAGGAGAAAAACAAAGAAAAGCCAAAGAGACAAGACCAGAGUAGUCUGAACAGAGGCCAAGAAGGGAUCGAGAGGGCUGUGCUGCAGGAAUGACCCUAAUGAUGCUCUGGUCUGGACAGGCGAAGGGAGUCCUGGGAAGCUGGGGGAUCAUCUGCUUGGUGAUAUCUCUGCUCCUCCAGCAGCCAGGAGUCCACAGCAAGUGCUACUUUCAAGCUCAAGCCCCCUGCCACUAUGAAGGGAAAUAUUUUACCCUGGGUGAGUCUUGGCUCCGCAAGGACUGUUUCCAUUGUACCUGUCUGCAUCCCGUCGGUGUGGGCUGCUGUGACACGUCUCAGCAUCCCAUCGACUUCCCCGCGGGGUGUGAGGUACGUCAGGAGGCAGGAACCUGUCAAUUCUCCCUGGUACAAAAAUCUGACCCUCGGCUGCCCUGCAAAGGGGGAGGGCCUGACCCCGAAUGGGGCUCAGCCAACACCCCUGCCCCUGGGGCCCCUGCUCCCCACUCCAACUAAACUCAACCGAUCACCCUUCCGCUAACUGCCCACUGCUGCUGCCACUUCCAGGGAAACCACUAGCAGCUGCCAAUUUAUUCUGAAUAAAUAAAUUAAUGCUACAGCUAAAA